AGCGAGCGAGCGAGCGAUGGCUUCUUUGCGGUGGCUGGUGGUGUGCAGCGCCCUCUUGCUCAGCGCUGCGCCGGGCCAGCAGCAGCGCCUGGUGGGGGGCCUGCAGGACGCGUCCGCGGACGAGGACGGGGCGCGGCGGGCGCUGCAGUUCGCCAUGACCGAGUACAACCGAGGCAGCAACGACAAGUACGCCAGCCGCGUGGCCGAGGUCGUCCGGGUCAGGAAGCAAAUUGUCUCUGGAGUCAAUUAUUUUUUCGAUGUUAAAGUUGGGCGAACAACUUGUCUGAAGUCAGUAGCCGAGGUUGAGAACUGUGCGUUCCAUGAAGCACCAGAGCUGGCAAAGCACGUGACUUGCCAGUUUCAGGUGUAUUCUGUUCCUUGGACAAACCACAUCUCCCUGAAGAGAAACAAUUGCACCUAAACACCUGUUUGCUUCAUCAUGGCUGUUCUGGUGGUGUUCUCCAGAUUCAAGAAGAGCAAUAAUCCAGAUGUAUUCUCAAGCAAAUAUUACUAACUCAGUAAUUCUGACAUACAGUACACUUAUAGGAUGCAAGCAAAUCAUGUAGUUUUCCUUUUAAAUGUAUUUUCUAAACUUUUUCUUUGUGAUUUAUCAUUAGGUUUGUAGUCAGUGUUU